AUGGCAUCCACCAGCACUUCAGGAACAAUUGGGCAAAUUGCUAAACCAGAGUACACAAACUGGUUGGCACUCGGUCAUGCCUUAACAACGGUCCUAUGCCAGGGACUUCGUCCCUUUGUUACGCAAGAGAUGGAGAUUUUAUACAGAAAUGUAAGAGCGAGAGUUGCUGGACCGUGCACGUGUUGUUAUGUCCCUAGCAGAAGGCCAAAUCAGUUCCACGAUACGCGCUCAUGUUUAUGGGCACAAGUCUUGACCACAUGUCACUACAGAUUCAAACCAAACUGGAAGCAAAGUGAUCCAGCCAAGUGGAUGGACCCAGUUGUUGGUCCGUGGGAAAUAGCUAAACUAUUCCUUCCUGAACUUGGAGGGCAUGCUGAUAUCAAAAGCGCAAACGACAUGGACAUCAAUGGUAUCUUGAACUUAAUGUACUGGUGCAAACAUUUCGCUAUUCCUCAGCCCUUGAUCAAGGAUGUUCGAGACGUUCGAAACGACAAGUGUGUUCACGUGCCCAAGCUGGAGUUAUCUGAUGCUGAUAAGUCUGCCGCUUUUGACGCAAUCGAAAACUUGCUAAAGGACCCUCAACUGGCUGCAGACGAAGACGCAAAGAAAGCUCUCGGAGAAGUAAUUAGUCUCAAGAGCAUCAAAGACUUACACAAUAGGGAGCCUCAGAUUUUGGCCGACCUAAAAGAAGUUAUGAAUGAAAGGGUGUUGAACUUGACAGAAGAGUCUGAAAGAAACAAAAAGAUGGUAGCAGAACUGCAAGAAAGGCAGGAAAGUUUGGAAAUGGCUUUUGAGGACCUCGAGCGAUUUAACAGGCCCCUUCCACUAAGAGCGCUAGGGUGGGUCUUUCAACAUCUGGUGUAUGUACCUGGGAUCCUCUACACAUUCCUCAAAGGGAAAAAGACAGAAAUUUUAUUUUUGAUCCUAUUUUCAUGCUUCUGUAGUGUUUUGGAUUAUCAUACAAUAAUUAAGGAAGGUAGGUUAAAAAUCCAACUUUUUUAUUCCCAUUCUCAUGUAAGUGUGGACAGUGACUCCUAUUAAACCAAAGAGAUGAGUGGUUCGUGUAACAUUCACGUGUAACUAUUUUUAUCGAGUUUUAAAACUGUCUGUAGCCACAAUCGCUAACAAGAGUGUUGAGAUACUUGCAAUAAGCUACGUUAAGCCGAGUUUCUGUUUUUUUCCUGGCAUUUUAAAUCUUAAUUAAACAUUUACAAAUUGAUAAAGGGGUAAGUUUCUAAAGAAACUGUGGUGCUGCGUCGGUAGGAGAGUAUAGCAGGUAAUUUAGUGUUAACAACUGGGUUGAAAACGUAAAUUAGCCACCGAAAAGGGUAAAAAAGCGGACGUUUCGAGCGUUAGCCCUUCUUCGCUCUGACGAAGGGCUAACGCUCGAAACGUCAGCUUUUUUACCCUUUACGGUGGCUAAUUUACGUUUUCAACCCAGUUGUUAACACUAAAUUACCUGCAUUUACAAAUUGGUCGAACAGACCCUAAAAAUGACAUGAUUAAAAUAAAGAGUUUUUGUAACGAUAAUAGAGUUAAAGCUGUACUUUAAUCACAAGUUUGUUAAGAUUUUCGACAAAACAGUAAAACGCGCAUCGGAAAAAAGUCCAUCUAUUAUAUAAGCUUCGAGAAAACGCAUUUCAUUCAUCUCAAAGGUAGAGAUUGCAUUCAAUGUAUUAAAAACGGCAAUAAGAAUUAACUGGUCAGAAGGCAUGUUUUUAUAAUUUGAAAAGCUUUGUUUUGUGUGCGCAAAUCUUAACAACACAACACUCCGCCUGAUGUGACUAGUUGAAAGCUUUCUUCGUAUUCUCUCCAUCACUCGGGAUGCGAUCAGAGCAAGCAGUUUAAAUUCGACGCCUCUUUUUAUGUUAAAAACUUGCAGUGUAAUCGAAUAAGGUUUUUUCUACACUUGGGUCACCAAAUUUGGUCUCUAGGGUUUUAAAAAUCUACUCAACGUGCAUUUUCUGCAGGAUGUUUGAUAAGAAGAUACGGUGAUCAGUGGAGCCUGAAGCACUUCGACUUCGAUGAAGUUGCUGCUACGUCUAGAAAAAAUUUCAUCGGACGGCAGUGGUUGUAUCGUGAAUUAGAAGACCUUAUGGAGCAUUCAGGCAAGCGGGGUGUAAUGCUUGUGGGAAACCCUGGUUCUGGUAAGACAGCUUUUGUCUCUAAUUUACUUUGUUCCAGGGCAGCAAGUUCACUCAUUCAUGAUAGAAUAGCCGGAUUUCAUUUUUGUAUGCACUCAGAUAAAGGGACCCAGAAUGCAGCCAAAUUUGUGCAAAAUCUGGCUAAUAUGGUUGCGUCGACUUUUGUGGACUACAAUGCAGUCAUUUCGAGGGACUCCUAUGUGCAACGAGUCUUAAAAGAGGACUGUUCUCAAGCCCCAGAGUCGUGUUUUCAAGAGGGAAUCCUCAUACCUUUAAAACGCCUGCCGAAGAAGCCUACAGAGACAUGGUAUAUUGUUAUUGACGCUUUAGACGAGUGUUCAACCGAUGGCAAAGAUGAAAUUUUAACCAUGCUGAAGUCUAAAGUCUGGCGCUUCCCAAAGUGGUUAAAACUGAUUAGUACGUCACGAAAUGUAAGUUCUAUCACCAAAAGUCUUGCUGGUAUACAAGUUUUAGAGUUGCGAUCAGACGACAGGAGAAAUAUAGAAGACAUUGACACCUACUCAUCAUUUAAAGUAUACCCUUUGCAAACUUCAAUUUUACACAGAAUAAAAACUUUUUUCGCAAUCCAGGAAAACAGCACACCCAAUGAAAACAUUGUUGACAGGCUUGUGAAAAAAUCUCAAGGUAAUUUUCUGUAUGUGGCUGUUGUGCUAGAUUUUCUUCUUGAAGCACCAGAAAGUUUCAGCUGGAGUAAUCAAGAAUUUCCUGAAACGCUUAGCAGCAUUUUUCAACUAAGCUUUGAACGCAAGUUUAGUUCACCUGAGUCUUUUAGAUCUUUACGCGAGAUCUUUGAGGUCCUGGUUGCAGCAUAUUCCCCACUCUCUGCAGAAGACAUAUACUCUCUCUUAUCACUUGACAACCCUACCUUUGAUUUUGAGUACGAUAUAAUGCCAAAAUUAGAUGAAGUAUCGUUAUACCUGUGGAAAUCAGAAAAGGGACUUGUCAAGAUUUUUCACGCGUCCUUCUCUGAAUGGCUGACCAGUAAAUCCAAUGUGGGAAAGUUUUAUUAUGUAAAGAAAAAGAAAGGCCACAGGCGUCUUGCAGAAUAUUACCUCCAAGAUUUAAAGAAAACCAGGAAAACCUUAACACCAGAGAAAGCUUUCUUUCUGGCUUGUCACAUCGUCGAAGGAGGUUCAAAUCGGAGUCUUAUAGAUGACUUCCAGUCAAUCCCUUCGUAUCUCGUCAAUGGAUCAGAUGAAGUCAAAACCACUUCGCUACACCUAAGUUCGCGUUUGCCUAAUUCAGACGUAACAGAGCUGUUAUUGACACAUUUCCAUGAUAUCGACUGUUUGGAUAAUAAUUAUCGUACACCUGCCUUUGUGGCCGCAGCACACGGAAGGCUUGAAAACCUAAACAUUUUCCUUGAUAGAGGAGCAAACAUAAAUCAUGUUGUCUCCUGUCCAAACUUUGAGGCGUCAAGGUAUGCCAAAAAUGCCGUGCACAUGUGUCAAAGAGGGACCUGCGAGUAUUCAUUGUUGCAUAUAGCUGCGCAGGAGGGAAAUUUUGGUGUCGUGGAAUUUCUGCUCGAGCAUCAUUUGAGUCCAAUGGCAACAACUGGUUGCAAUAACACAGCCGUCCAGUUAGCAGCUUCAAAUGGAUAUAUUGAGGCAGUUAUAGCCCUUGAUAAGGCUGGUGCGGUUUUAGAUGGCAUCUGUUUGCAUCAUGCUGCUGCUGAAGGGCACAGCCAUAUAGUAGAAUACUUACUAAAUGAAGGAGUAAGGGACGAAUGCAUAGGUGUGCGUUCUAUCGUCGAAUUCUACUCAGCAGGAAACAAAGAGCAGGAUAUCAAAGUACAUGCGUAUGACAAUAACCAUUUGAAAAUGCGCGAGACAGCACUUCAUGCUGCAGCUCGGAAAGACCAUCCAACAGUAAUUGAAUCUCUUUUACGCCACGGAGAGAAGAGUGCUAUCAACUGUUUGAAUGUUGCGGGUAGACGUCCCCUGCACGAGGCUGUUUAUCAUAACAAGUAUAACGCACUGAAAGCAAUGUUAGCAGCUGGAGCAAACACUUCUUUACGUUGCGAUUCAAGCAAAGAAUCAUUAGGCCCAUUACAGAAUCCUUGCACCUGUGAGUAUACCCCGCUGCAUAUUGCUGCAAAACAUGGCUCUCAUAGCGUUGCUGAGCUGCUUAUUGCCCAUCACGCAGACUUAAAUGCGGGAGAUUGCAAUGGAUCAUCUCCUCUUCACAUUGCCUCCUGUCAUGGAAUGAUAUCACUUAUAAAACUACUCGUCAACCGUGGAGCAAGAAUCAAUGGCCGUAGCCUUAAUGGUUCCACUCCCCUUCACAGUGCAGCUACAUGUCUUGCAUCAAAAAGUUUCCGUCCUUUGUUUGACCUUGGUAGUGACUUCCUCGCAAAGGACGACAAUAACAUGACAGCACUUUUUUAUAUCGUCAAAGAUGUGAGGGCUAUUGGUAUGGAAUACUUCCUUGACUUAUAUGUUAACAACCCGAAAGAUUGGAUCGAACUACUGCCAGGUGAGAAGGAACCACAUGUGGAAAGCGAUCUUCAGUCAUCCUGGUUGUCUCAAAUGAUCGAACUGAGCAAAAGCUAUGCUGAACAUGUAGCUGCAACUUGGCAAUUAGUUGAUGACGAAAUUUUUACAAAAACCUACGAUGAAGUUCUUUUUUCAGUAGGACAGAAAGGGAACUCCUCGCUUAUUUUGACUGGAAUCAAUGCAAUGGAGCGCUCCAGGCUAGUUACCAUAGCAACUCCUCGUGCUUUCUUGUAUGACACGAUCUUCCAUGACAUCUGGAAAGGGUUCGUCCCAACUUUUAAAAAAACAAAUGGAGCAACUUUAGUCCCAGAACCAAUACUCAAAGCCCUAUCUCGUACAGCUGCUAUACUUCUACCAGGAACAUUUAACUGUUCUGUGUUAACGCUGGUAGUAAAAGCGAAUUUAAUACGCCUCGUAAAUAUUCUUUUGAGAUCAGGCUUUGACGUCGAUUGUCAAGAUGACCUAGGAGAUACACCGCUUUCAGCAUAUCUACACACUGGUGGUCGUCACAUGUCUAAAGUUAUGGUAAAGAACAGGGCGACAAUCACCAUUUCCUGCGAUGAGCCCUUUGGAGAAUCUAUACUGCACAUGAUGUCUUACCACAAGUUACAUUACUUGCACUAUCUUCCUAAGUUCAUUUUUGGAGAGGAAACGUUGCCUGAAUACUUACUAUCAGAUAAUUUUUUAUUUGAUUACUUUUUGAAUGAAUACGAAUUGAUUCAAAAUGACGGACACUCGGAAACAAUCUCGACUGGCGAUGGACCAUUGAUCCUUGCGGUCACGUCGCACCCUCGUGGACCCAAAAUUUUAAAUGAAUGCUUUGAUUCAGAGGGUUAUAACGCCUUACACAGAGCAGCACAGGGUGCAAACUUGAUUGCCAUACAGAGAUUCCUGUCCUUGGGAGCUGACCCGUCUAUAGAAAAUUCAUACGGAUUCUCACCGCUUUGGCUUGCAGUUUUAAAUUCUGUAAAAUACACACCGUCCUUGAAUUUACACCAAAGAAAUGUUAUUACAGCCCUGGAGGUGGAGUUCGCCUCCAUAUCAGCCUCUGUUAUUUUGGAACAUCUUCUCCGAAGUGAUACAAUAGAUAUGGGCUGUAGCGAAAGUCGUAAUAACCUAACUUUGUAUCAUGUCGCAGCUAUUAGAGGAAUGUGGCAGUUGGUAGCUCAUUUACUUUCGGAUAAGCGAAUAACGGGCAUUGAUGUAAACUGCGCUAAUAAAGAUGGUAUAACCCCUAUGUAUCUGGCAAUGCUUGUUGGUGGCCGUUCUUGCGACUGGCAUAGUCCCUGGUGCAAAGUCAUUCAAACAAUCAAGGACUACGGCGGAACUCUUCAGAUCCCCGUAGUCGAAGCUGAAUACUUCCUUCUUUUCGAUCUGUUUUUUGGUAUGAGCCCUGGUCAGUUGUUGCUGGAGUUAACAGAUUCUGAAAUACUAACUCUUCAAGAAAAUUGUGGACACGAGGAAUGUAAGGAGUAUAAAUCCAGAGAAGAUCUCCUUUCGAAGUCAUUUUUCGAGAUUAACAUGUUAUACAGUGAUUAUAAUGAACAAGUGGAUCACUGUUCUAUGUGUCCGAUGGAAUGUCCACCCGUGUUAAGGAGAGAUCUGCUCCACUUUCAAACCAUGAGUUCGAUUUUCAUUCGCCGGCUGAGACCUUUAAUAUCAGAGCAUGGUGUAAUAAGUAAACAUUUCUCUACGUUUCUGGAAACAGUAAGGAAGCGUGUAGAAUUACUGAUACUGAAAUUAACAAAACCAUCAGUAAGAGUAUCUCACGAAUGCACAGAAAACUGCAGGAAAGAAACUUUGGCUCUUGGUGAGAACAAAAUAUACCAAGAAGCUGUUAAUUUGGAGACUGCUAUGCACAACCUAUAUAAUAAAUUCAAAGCCAGCCUAGAUGAACUAGAAGAACGUUUGUCGCAAGUUAAAUCUGAUAUAUUUUCAACAGAAAGACCCCCACAUGUAUUGCUGGAGAUAAGAAGUGCUUUGCAUAAAUAUGGCAUCACUCUAAGCUGUGACUGGCAAUCACUUGCAGCUAGAUACGUAAUACUGCGUUUCCAAGUUCAGAACUUACAACUUGGCGUGAAACAAGUACUUACAAAUUCCAGAUUAUUGGGAAUCUCGGACUUUGCGUCAUUGCGCAUGAAGACUGUUUUCAUUGAAUCGCCUCAAGAGACGCUGAAACUUAUUCUAAGACUUACCUUAAAAGAGUCGUCCGAAUACUCCGACGAUUUUCGGUACCUUAUGAUUUUGAGAUUCCGAAAGCCUCCACUAUGGAAAGGUACCUUUGACGUGUGGCGAACGUAG